AUGGCUUCACCUAAUGGUUUUUUUAACCACUUAACCUAUUUUCUGGGUGCUGGUGCUGUUACUUUGGGAAUUGGUUUCUUCGCUUUGGCAUCAGCUUUGUGGUUCCUGAUUUGCAAACGAAGAGAAAUAUUUCAAGAUUCCAAAUUUAAAACAAUUGAUGAGAGAUGCAGACAAAGACCAUCCAAGGCAAAGAUUAAAUCUCAUUCUCAGUGUGUUUUUAUUUCUCGAAAUUUUCAUACUGGAAAUUUCCAAUUACAGGAGGAGCAAAGAAAAAAGGAAACAGCACAUAUAAAAGCAAUUAAAGAUUAUUCUAAAGAUGAAUUCUGCCUUGCAACAAAAAAAGUCAUCUGUGACCCCUCAGAGACUAGCUCGGCAACAAAUCCCAGCAGUGUUACCUUAAGCUUAUCAACGUUACCAUCUGAUUCUUAUUACAGCCAAAGUAUAGAAGUAGCUGAUGACUGGUUUUCUGAUGAUUCCCUAGUGAAAAAGAGCCCUCCAAUGCCUUUUCUUGGGGAGCCUGUAAUGGAGAAAGUAUUUUCAUACUUGUCAACCAUUCCAUUAGAAGAAUGUACUGGAAAUGUACUAAAUAUGACACUUUAUGAUGAUCAAAAAGAUGACAACAUUAAGGGAAUAUUUACACGAAGAAAUACAGAGGUUGAAAUACAAAACCUUCAACAUAAUAUUGAAUGACUUUUUUCUUUUGAAACUUUGUGUACGCUGAAAUCAUGUAAAGUUAAAACUGAAUUACCAGCUUCUGAGUCUCUUAACAUGUCCAUGCUAAUAUUGCUUUUCUUGAUCUUUACCAUAGAGUGGUCCUACUUAUCUUGCCAAUUAUUUCUAGAAACAAAAUUACAGGAAGAACUAGCGCAAUAUCAUAAACAUUAAGUUUAACUCCUUGUAUCUCAUCAAAGGACAUAAUAAAUAAUAGGAAUGUAUUUCAACACAUAGGAGAAAUACUUUAAGAAAUCUUCAGCACAAAUACAUUUUUAAUAAAACAUUUGCAGCAUUUCUUUAUACUUUGACAUUUUCAGUUUUAUUUCAAUGUGGGUAAGGCUGGGCAGAAUACUUCCAUCAGCUAUUCUGAAUUUUAAAUACAUAAAUCACCUACUAUUUAAAUCUUAUUAUGCCAUGACUUUCAUAAGCAAUAUAACUUUGCUCCUCUAGGGGAGCCUGGAACACUGUGAAGAAUACAGAAAAUAAUUUUCUUUGCCCUUUCCCACGUCUGUUUCUCAGAAUAGCCCUCCAACCCUUACCCCACUAUGAUGAAGAUGUGGGCAGCUAUGUUCAUAGACAUGUGACUCAAGCUAGAUGAACCAGAAUUCCUCUCUAAUUUGAGAGACCCUUGGUCAAAUGUCUAUUUAUGGCGCUGAGGGAUUUCUGACACCCACCCUGUAAUUAAUCUCUUUUAAUCUCUUUCUCACAAAUACUCUUCAUGUAAUUAGUCUCUGUUUUUCUUUCUCUUGGGAAAAACAAUUAACAAAAUAUAAUAUUACCUUUUGUGCUUAAAAUACUCAUACCAGGACCUGUGCAUAUCUUCCCAAGAGAUAAAUCAUGCCUAUUACAAUAAAUGAAAAGAAACUUGUCUCAAAUAUGGUAGUAGCAUUAUCCAGGCCGAUCACUUCCUUCCUAGGGGGAAUAUUAAAAAGUAUUAGAACACCUCUCUCUGUUGAAGCACCUGGUCAUUUCUACUGGUUAUAGUUGUGAGAAUAUCUCAUGGGUUGUGAGAACAUCUCUCUAUAUCCAUUCCUAAAUCAAAAUAAGCUAUUUCAGCUCAAGGUUUGUAAGGAGUGGUAAAAAGUAUUUUGAAUUGGUCUCUGUCUCUUGGUGUUCUACCAACUUCUAUCUUACUAUCUCAGAGAAGAAAGUCAUCUCUAAAUCUGGUAAGAUUCUAAAACUUCCCUAGGAAUUUGGGGUUGAAGACAAGAGAUUCUAGCCUUGGUCUGACUAAUCUCUGGAAUAGAGGAAACAUAAAUUAGGUAGCUAUGAGUUGCCAUGUCCCACCCUGUGGUUUAGAAAGAGAAAAAACAGGAAAUCUGCAGUGAGAGAGCAGUGAAAUAUUUGCAAAGUGAAGAAUAGAGAUGAGAGAUCAGGAGAAUGUGAUUCCUGGCUUUCUAACAGUGCUCCAUUCCCUUGUUCCAGCCCUUCAUGUUUCCCGCGCUUGGCUUAGUAAGGCAACCUUGUAUCCUAAUUAUAAAUUCCCCUUUUUGCUUAAGCUAACAAGAUUUGAUUUCUGUUACUAGCCACCAUCCCUGAGCCCUGUUUUUAACUGUUUUUCUUAGCUUUG